AUGGCUAGUUAUAAAAAGUCAUAUUCACAUAUCGAGCAUGCUUCGACUUGUCCGUGCGCAAAGGAUGCGCAAGGUGCAGUGCUUCCGCCCAGCUCAGUACGCCGGUAUCGCUUACUAACUCGUGAUGUGUCAGAUGACUGCAACUGUUUCUACUCUGCUCUCUCCAAGACGGCUAUAUUCCAGCCUGCCACGUUCGAAGGCCCCACCGGUGUUGAUGGCCGGCUAGAUGAGAUUGCACAGACUCAUGUCAGAGAUUUUGUGGCGAAGAAGAGGUCUCAGGGGGGCGAGCGACCUAAUGUGCCCCCGUCGAAGCUUUAUCAACCGCUCAUAGACGGCGAGAUACGCGUCUUGGAGUUAUAUGCAGGAGAAUCCGGAAGUCCGCUUGAAGGAGCUCUACACACAGUUAGCAUCGACUUCUCGCAUCCUGCAAGAGAGGAGCAGUAUACUCAGCCUUUCGACGAUCCAGCGAACACGAGCAGGAGAACCUUGACCUUCACCAGGCAUACCAACCAUGCCGUUUCGCUUAUUACAGGGGAACCUGUGUGGUUUACCGCGCUGAGCUAUGUCUGGGGCGCACCCGACUUUGACCACACAGUAGCGUUCGAGCAUGAUGAGUUGAAGAUUACAGCAACCCUAGCAGGGGCCUUGGAACACAUGCGCUCCACUCAGCAUAGCGUGGUCGUGUGGGCGGACCAGAUCUGCAUUAACCAGAAAGACAUGGCAGAGAAGGUGCAACAGAUCCCACUUAUGGGCAUGGUAUACACACAUGCGACGGAAACCCUCAUCUGGCUCGGCGACGACAACGGAGAGGACCCGGCCCUCGCAUUAGACUUGAUGGAAACCGUCUACGUGCGUCUGCAGGGGACCGAUGCGCAAGUAACGCCCGCCGACUUUGCGAGGCUGGACUUUCCACCCAGCGAUGACCGAGCAUGGUGGGCAGUCCGCCAAUUCCUCAGGCGACCCUGGUUUGGCAGGCUGUGGACCAUUCAAGAAGCUGUGCUUUCAAGAAAUCUGUUUGUAAAGUGCGGCAAAGCAGAGGUCUGCUGGGACGACUUUGCAGCGUGGUGUUAUGAUUUGAGAGAAACCCACAUUCUCAGCUGGCUCACAGCAGAUGUUGUCCUGAAGGACAAAUACGGCGAGAUUACCAAUGCCUGGACGCUUCCACCACAAGGGGCAACGGUAGUCAAUUCGAUACAAGCUGAUCGCCUGCACGGCUUGACACUUGUCCAAAAAGAAGCCUUACUGACUAUACUGGAGUCUACGCGGUAUGCUCAGGCGACCGAGCCGAAAGACAAGAUUUACGGCGUGCUGGGUAUAGCAGAUUCGACCGUCGUACCGGAUUAUAAAGGAUCCACCAGAGAGGUAUACCACGAUGCCUGCUUGACGGAGAUUCCGCUGCGUAUAUACGAGCUGCUGAGCUGCGUCGACCACGAGGAGCCGCUUCGGCCAUCAUGGGUACCAGACUGGAGCGCACCUCGUGUGACCAAAGCCCUGGGCUACUUGACCAAAUCCUGGGCUCUGUAUUGUGCGGGCGGUAGACCCGUCACAGGCGCGCAACUACCAAAAGUGGGCUUGAGCGAUGACAAAUGCGAGAUCACACUCCGUGGUAAGGUCUUCGAUACAAUUGCCAUCAUAGGCGAUGUUAGCAACGACCCUUUCCUUGAUAUCACCAAUUCGCCGCUGAGCAACAGUGAUUUGAGAUCCUACGCGGAGCUGGUCAUGGGUCCAGGUCGAACACAGACCUACCUUCUACUAGGCUCUUCAACCUACGAGGCCUUUUUACACACACUACUGGCAGGACGCGAUGGCACAGGCGUCUUAGCUCCCUCCGCGGAUCACAGCGAGGUCUUUGGCUUAAUUCUCGAUGCCACAACAGGAAAAUCGCUCUCCCUUCCCGGCCAAACUAUGAGCAUCCGGCGGCAGAAAGGCUACUUCAACCUCGACAGUCUCAAGACGAGGAAGCCGGCCAAGAUCCUGGAAGACUUGAAUACGGCGCUCCGGGCCGCCUUGGAGAUGCGGCGAUUUGCUGUAACCGAGAAGGGCUACUUUGCGCUAGUGCCGAGAGGUGUGCAAGUCGGUGAUAAGGUCGCUGUGUUCGAUCGAGCAUGUGUACCUUUUGUGAUGAGGCAGAUGCAAGUUGAAGGGGAUGGCAAGAAGUUCGAGCUCUUGGGCGAAGCAUACGUUCAUGGUAUUAUGAAGGGGGAAGUAAUGGCUAUGGAGGAUAUCGGACUUCAGGAUAUCACGCUUCUCUGA